AGCAAUUCGACCCCUCGUUGGACCCCACCAUCGUCCGGCCCGUCAAUUGCCCUGACGGCGACUCGUGAACCCCAUAGUUUUACUCCGGAUGAACUGUAUAUAGGUGGUCAUUUCCUCUGGCAUAUAUUUUCCAUUCUUUCUCUUCUCAAUUCUCUCUCUUUUCUCACAGUCCUCCUUGCAUGAUUCUACCUACCAUCUAACCUUGAUAUAACUCCAAGAAACACAUACAUUGGCCUCGACAAUGCCAGAAGUUACCAUCACAGGCUGGGAUACUCGCGAUGUGCGAUUCCCAACCUCUCUCGACAAGACGGGCUCAGAUGCCAUGAACGCAGCAGGAGAUUACUCUGCCGCAUACUGCAUCCUGAAGACCGACUCCGAGUUCUCUGGCCAUGGCAUGACAUUCACAAUUGGCCGCGGAAACGACAUCGUCUGCAAAGCUAUCGACAACGUCGCAGAUCGUAUCAAGGGCCGUACCCUCUCCUCCCUCGUUGCUAAUUGGGGCCAAACAUGGCGAUAUCUUGUGUCGGAUUCUCAGCUCCGUUGGAUUGGGCCGGAGAAAGGCGUCAUUCACCUCGCUCUUGGAGCUGUCGUGAACGCUAUCUGGGAUCUCUGGGCCAAGACACUGGACAAACCUGUGUGGAGAAUCGUGGCAGAUAUGACGGCUGAGGAAUUCGUCCAAUGUAUUGACUUCAGGUAUAUCACGGAUGCUAUUACGCCUGAGGAAGCGGUCAAGAUGUUGAAGAGUGAAGAGGAGGGAAAGAAGAAGAGGUUGCAGGAUGCAUUGGAUAGUAAGGCUGUGCCAGCUUAUACUACCAGUGCUGGCUGGUUAGGAUAUGGGGAGGACAAGAUGAAGGGGUUGCUUGAAGAGACUUUGAGCAAGGGAUAUAGGCAUUUCAAGCUCAAGGUUGGGACAAGUGUUGAGGCUGACAGGAGGAGAUUGACUAUUGCAAGGAGCGUUAUUGGGUACGACAAGGGGAACAUCUUGAUGGUGGAUGCUAACCAGGUCUGGUCGGUCCCUGAAGCAAUCGAAUACAUGCAACACCUCAAAGAGUUCAAGCCCUGGUUUAUCGAAGAACCCACCUCUCCCGAUGACAUCCUGGGCCACAAAGCCAUCCGCGAUGCCCUCCGCCCUGAUGGGAUCGGUGUCGCUACCGGAGAAAUGUGCCAAAACCGUGUAAUCUUCAAGCAACUCCUUGCCUCGGGUGCCAUCGACGUCUGCCAAAUCGACGCUUGCCGAAUGGGUGGUGUGAACGAAGUCCUCGCUGUUCUCCUCAUGGCGAAGAAAUUCAACAUUCCCAUCGUCCCACAUUCGGGUGGUGUAGGUCUGCCAGAAUAUACCCAGCAUUUGAGCACGAUCGAUUAUGUUUGUGUCAGUGGGAAGUUGUCCGUGUUGGAAUAUGUUGACCAUCUUCAUGAGCAUUUCAAUCACCCUGCCGUCAUCAAGGACGGUUAUUAUCAGACUCCUAUGGAGCCAGGAUACUCGGUUGAGAUGAAGCCCGAGAGUAUGGAGCACUAUUCUUUCCCUGGUGGACCAAACGGGUGGUGGCAUAGCUCAGAAGCGAAGCCCAUCCUAGAGGGCGAGAAGAUCUAAGAGCCUCGUAAGGCUCUGAAAGAGGAGGAAAAGUUGGGGGAAGGGAAGUCCUUCCGCAGGGCAACGACGGCAUCCUGUAUAAUACCAUUUUCCUUGUGUAUUAUCCCAGGUCUGGGUAGGGGCUCGAGCGGAGAUCUCGUGCGCAGGGCAACGAUGGCAUCCUGCAUAGCCAUAGGCUUUUGGCUAUCCCUGGUUUUUGUAUAUUGGGCUGGGAAUUGGAAAGGGGGUCAAGAGUUUUCAGGUUGGGCUCUUUGUCCGCGAGGCAACGAUGGCAUCUCGUAGGUGUGCUCAUAAAGAGACACUUCCCAGGUGGCAGGAAUACAACCAUUCGUGCUUUCCACUAUAUAUUCCACUGUGAAAG